AAAAUAAACAUUUAUGGCGGAUAACCUAAGCCAAAUAAUUGUACGUUGACGGAUUUUUUUUAGAUUUUUGAUUUAUGGAAAAUCCUUCACGUACAAAUUGUUUUGUAUCAAAAGUGGGUAGUUGUUCCGAUCAGGAUUCCGGGUUAAAGCAUAUAGCGUCUAUAAAAUAUCAUAAAAACAAGAAAUAGUACCAGAUAAUGUUAUUUUAUAUUAGUUCCGUACACAAAACAUAAAUAUCCAACUUAUAAUUAUGAGUUUGACGGCUUUUCUUCAUUUUAUUCUGUCAAAACAUAACGAUAUAUACAUGAAGGGCACCUGCAAGGCUUCAGGGCACAGUUUUAAAUCGCUCGGAACAUUUCGGCCAUGGCCGAGUUGUUACGAUUGUAUAACGAGGUCUAUCUCGAAGCUUUGUCGGAGGAGGCCGAGUUAUUACGAUUGUAUCGAGUUGUUCCCCUUCGCAUAAUUGUUUUCUGUGUCAAGUCAACUUUCGUUUCAUUGGAAAGAAUGAGGCAAACAUGGCUGGACUUUUCAACACUGUAUUCGCAUUUCUGCACUAUUACUUUGACUACUCCAAAGGGAUUUGGCCCCUGUCAUGGUUGGGAAGGUUGAGAGUUCUGCCUAUCACAGAUGAAGGCAUGUCAAAUGUGGUUGACAUUAUUCAUCGCAUGUAUCCACAUGGUGGUGAGCCUGCCUUUCCAACAGAACAGUUGUGUGCUGAAAUUAGCAAACUUAACUUCCGAGAGAACAUUCUUAGUAUCAAAGAUGACAUGUAUGGUUUAAACCUACUUCAGCAUUCUAUUAUUGUCAAUAAUAUCAACCUUGUAGAACUUGUUGCAAGCAAAACUUCUAGCUUCUUUGAAAUAGGAUGCAAUGCCCCAAUUCAUAUGGCAGCCGCACUAGGACAUAGGGACAUUAUACAGUGUUUAGUUAAGAAAAGACCAUUUGAUUUGUACAAGAAAGCUGGCAUAUGUUACCCUGACCUGCAUGAACCAGUCUCCAACUACAGGAAAAUGGGGUUCAUGUUCAAAGAUGUAUAUCGGUGUGAAGAAGAGAAGAUGCUGCCAAUAGAAUGGGCCAUUGUUGGAGACUAUCUUGAAUGUGUUAAAUGGAUUUUCGAGCGAAUGGAAAUCAUGGGAGGUAGAAGGUUUAGUCUUUCCAAAUGUUUACACUUCUCUGCUCAAAGGGGUGCAGCUUUAUGUCUGGAAUUUUUCAUUAAGCAAAGUCCCAAGGAUGUAGAUCAUGUUAGCAAGAGUGGCGAUGUUCCAUUACUUGAAGCAGUGGUUUGGGGAAGGAAAUGUGCAAGAGUAUUGAUUGAAAAUGGUGCUGAUGUCAACAAAGUAGCUAGAAAUGGAGAUACCGCUCUUCACCGUCUGUAUAGAAACGAUAUUGAUGGCAUAUUUGCAAUUUACGAUACCACAAAAUAUCUACUAACUACCGGUAUUGAACAGCUUGUCAACACCAUUAACCAUCGUGGCGAAACAGCUUUACAUCUUUUGGUAACCCAUGUGUCAUAUAUUGGCGGAAACUAUUAUCACCCUGAAAAGCGCAGUUUGCCCCGCUGGCAGAUACAACCUGACUAUCAGGAGCAGGUUAUCCAAACCCUGAAGCUACUGCUUAGUUUUAAUGCAGACCCACACAUAUACGACGCCUUGCAUCUCCAACCACUCAACAAGUUGCUGCAUGUAACAAGAAAGGCAAGUUCACGCAAUGAUACUUUUGAAUGUGUUCAGGGGUGCAUCAAUUCCAAAUACAUUUACCGAAAUGACUUCGGCACUCUUGCCAAAGCAAUAAGUGUUCUCAUUGAAAAUGGUGCUGGGGUCAAUACUCAGUGUUCUGUUGGCCAUACUCCUUUGAUUUUACUGGUUCAGACACUUAUCAACACGGAUGUUGUUUACCUUGUUCAAGCUAGUGAUGAUAUCAUAGAAGCUGUGGUAUUACUGCUGAAAAAUGAGGCUAGGUGCAAUUUCAUUUCUGAAGAUCAGAAAACAUGUUGCUCGCUAUUGGCCGAGUUAGCAAAAAAAAUAUUGCUGAACGGAUCUGAAUGGAGACACUUUGUUCAGCCAGACUCAAAUCUAGGAAAGCUUUAUCAACACCAAUAUGCUGAGCUAGUCAAUAAAAUGCUGAUUACAUUUCUAGAGCAUGGACUCAAUCCAAACUACACAACAACCAAGAAAAGCCCCCAUCUCUGUGGUGGAAGUGGAAAUGGUUUGAUUGAAUUUGUUCGUAUCACAAUCCUCGCCCGAAACAGCGACGAUUUUGAGAUGGUAUUUAUGUGGCUUCGAACACUGCUACAGUGGGGGGCAGACCCAGAUAUUGAGCCAUAUCCGUCAGAUCCAAUCAUCUGCCAUUCGCAAAGCUCUAUCUUCCUGAAGAAACAAGGUACACAGGCUGUCAGCCAAUACAUCCAUGAGAUCAGAGAACUACACACAAUUUUCGAGAAUGGCCAUGCAGAAAAGCUGUUGCUCCUGUUCUAUAAUUCAAUGGACCACAAAGUGUUAUAUGAAAGUCUAAUGACUGCAUGUUUUAUGGCUCGUGUUCAUCCACCAGGUGCCACCGGUCAGAAAUUUAUUGCAAUUCUAAAUGAGAUGGCAGAGCAGCCACGAACCCUCCAACAGAUGGCACGAGUUGCCAUCUACAAGGCUGUGGGCCGCAGGUUGCAACCUAGUGUGCCCCAGUUGCCUUUGCCCAAUGUGAUGAAAAAAUAUCUGCUCGAUAUAGAAUAAGUUCUUCUUGUGAUAAGAAAUAAUUGUAUCAUGGCAAGAGUAAAAUUUGUUGUUGUUUUUUAAUUUUGGUAACAUGGUGCAUUUCUGUUUUACUCCAGUUAAAUCUGACUUUGACAUGAAUUAAAUGAAAAGUGCAAAUUAUUUUAUUUCUUUGCCCUGACUUUAGAAUCAAAAGUAUUUAGAAUAUACAAAAUAUUAAACAGCAUGUUUUUUCUAAAACAGUCAUGUUCAAGUUCAUUUCAGAGGCAUUUCUAGGAAAUUUAAUUUGAAUAUGUCUGUGUGAAAAUGAUUCAUUUUCAAAAAGUUCAUUGUUUCAUCUUGAAAAUAGCAUGCAUAUUACGCCUUGUGUGAGAUUUAAAUUGCUAAAAAUUAUCAGUAAAAAACAACAAGAAGAACAGAAAAACAGGGACAAUGAGAAAUGGCCUCUUUCAGUAUUAUUACAUGUACCGGUAUGCCUGUUUCAACUUGCCAUUUUUAUUAGAACACCGAAAUUUACAAAUCUCAUAUGUUCAAAAGGUUUUGUCAAUAAAAGAUAAUGCUAUUUACUUAAGAUAUUUUCAAAUUUUCUUUAAUGAAAUUAUUGACAAAGUGUUUAGAAAGAUCACACUUAAUUAUAGAGAAUGCUGCUUAUUUUUACAGAGUUUAGUUAGUUGUGUCUGGGCUGCAACUAUGUCAUGCAAGGGUGGAUUUUAAAAUUACUUUGCACAUGUGUUCGGUACAUGAAGACGUUGUGAAGCGUGCACUUUAACAUACCUCAAAGUUGAACUUUGUCAUGCGAGGGGGGGAUUUUAAGGUCCAUUGGCACAUGUAUAAUUGGUACAUCAAGGUAAUGUGUUACGUGCAAGACCCUAUUAAAGUUCAAGUCACACUUCGAGAUUCUUGUUUAUGCAUUAAGAUUAAUACGCAGAGUAUCCCUGACCGGGCUUAAACGUUUGUCAUGCACAUUGGGACUUUAAUCUAUAUUGGCACAUGUGAUCGGCACAUACAGGUGGUAUGUGGCGUGCAAGACCCACAACCAUACCUCAAAAUUAAGGACCCACUUAUAAUUUAAUAUAUAUAUUGGUAUACUGCAUUUAAGCAAUUAGAAAGAGUAAAGAUGGUUGUGUUUGGGCUGUAAUUUUGGAAUCAUGAAUGGAGGCAUUAUAAAAUGAAUUGGCACAUGUUUGCUGCAGAAGAGUUCAAGACACGAAGUUUAAAUUUAUAUUAAAUCAAAAUGGAUUGCUGAAUAUUAGCACGUAGAGUAUCUGUGUACGGCCUUACAAAUAAAUGUCAUGCUCGGGAAAGAUUUCAUAAUUAAUUGGCACACAUGUUCGGUACAAAAAGGUGAAAAACUACAUGCCUACAAAAUUAAAGGUCAACCUAGUUGAAUCAUUAUGGAAAACUGUGUGCAUGUUGGUCGUGUCGGGGCUGAAACUUGGUAAUGCACAGAUACUUUAAUUUAUUUUGCAUAUGUUGGAUACAUAAAGACAACUUGUAAAGUGGCAAGAUACAUGUCCGUACCUCUUACUGAAUCGCUCCAUACCACAUGCCAUGGGGACCUGCAAUUGCUUUAAGUUAAUAGUAGCUCUUUCUGAAUGUAAUAAUUAAAGUGUAUUCAGUGAAAUGGAUUGCACUUCGGGGGAAUUCAUCCUUUACUCCCACAGCUCUUGUUUUAUAGAAAUGUAAGAACUUUUUUUAAACUUAUUUCUAUUUCUUCCCAUACCAUCCUCAUUUCAUGCUACGACACUGGA